AUGGGGAUUCCCAAUUUGAGAACAAUCUCCAGCUCAACUAAGGAGCUGAUUGUUGACCUGAGGAGGAACAAGACACCAGUGACCCCUGUUUCCAUCCAAGGGGCCAGUGUUGACAUUGUGGAGGACUACAAGUACCUGGGGGUGUACUUGGACAAAAAACUGGACUGGGGCAGGAACACCAAAGCCGUCUACAAGAAGGGCCUGAGCCACCUCUACUUCUUGAGGAUGAGGUCCUUCAACAUCUGCAGGACGAUGCUGGGGAUGUUCUAUGAGUCUGUGGUCCCUAGUGCUAUCCUGUGUUUAAUAUUGGUACUGAUACUGAUGCCAGGAGUUGCCUACUCCAAAAAAGGAACUGAGGAACACGAUGAGGAGUCCUUGUUCACUUUUGGCGCACUGUUUGAUCUCGUACGGAGCCAACACUGUGGGCCUGAUUGCCUGGUCUCUUUUUAUUGGCCUGUACCUAAACAGGAUGGGAGAGGAAGGGGAGAUCCUUGUAGAGGUCCUCACUGCCCUCAACAAGGCCACAUCAAAUCCAUCUUCAACCUGAUACUUUGCUACCUGCCAGUUGGUGUCAUGUUCCUGAUCACAAGCCAUGUGGUUGUAGUGCAUGACUGGGAAACUACCUUCCAACUUGUUAAGUUCAUGGCAGUGGUUCUUCUUGGGCUUGCUGUCCACGUGAUACUUCUUCCUCUGAUCUACUUCCUGUGCACCAGACGUAGUCCCAUGAGUGUGAUCAACGGCAUCAGUCCUGCCUUACUGGCAGCACUCCUCACUUCAUCCAGCUCUGCCACACUGCCGCACACUUUCAAGUGCUGUGAGGAGCGGAUCUGGAUAGGCAAAAGAAUCACUCGCUUGAUGCUGCCCAUUGGGACAAACAUCAACAUGAAUGGAACUGCACUCUAUGAAGUGGUCGCCACAGUUUUCAUCGCCAAACUCAACUAUAUCCAUCUGAACCUGGUCCAGUUGAUCACUCUUUCAGUGACAGCAGCAGUGUCCAGCGUAGGAGCAGCAGGAAUCCCAGCGACUGGAGCAGCAACCACUCUCUUUGUCUUGACAGUGGUUGGUUUGCCUUCAAAGGAGGCCACCAUUCUGGUGGUCAUAGAAUGGAUCCUGUAA